AUGACGAAGCCAAUUGUGAAGUCAUCUGUGCCGACUCAGGACCAGGUCCUCGUCCCCGAGACCUUGUUGAAGAAGAGGAAGAGCCAGGAGAAGGCCAGAGAGCAGCGCGCUGCGACGCUCGAGAAGAGAAAGAAGGCUAACAAGGAAAAGCGUGGCGUCAUCUUCAAGCGUGCGGAGACGUAUGUCAAGGAAUACCGCGAUGCCGAGCGCGAGAAGAUUAGACUCGCUCGCCUGAGCAGGCAACAGGGCAACUUCUUUGUUGAUGAGCAACCCAAGCUGGUGUUCGUCGUCAGAAUCAAGGGUAUCAACAAGAUCGCUCCCAAGCCUCGCAAAAUCCUCCAGCUCCUUCGUCUCCUCCAGAUCAACAAUGGUGUCUUCGUCAAGUUGACCAAAGCCACUCAAGAGAUGCUCACCAUCGUCAACCCGUACAUUGCCUACGGCUAUCCCAACCUCAAGACUGUUCGUGAGCUCAUCUACAAGCGUGGAUAUGGCAAGAUCGACAAGCAGCGCAUUGCUCUCACCGACAACCAACUCAUCGAGGACAACCUGGGCAAAUACGGUAUGGUGUGCAUGGAAGACUUGAUCCACGAGAUCUUCACUGUUGGGCCCAACUUCAAGCAGGCAAGCAACUUCCUGUGGCCCUUCAAACUGUCCAACCCCAACGGUGGUUUCCGGGCCAGGAAGUUUAAGCACUACAUCGAGGGUGGUGAUCUCGGUAACCGGGAAGAGGCUAUCAACGCCCUGAUCAAGCAGAUGAACUAG